AGAAAGAAGUGCACUCUUGUGGGUGGAGGAGUAUAUUUUUUUGAGCAUAAUUCGGAGUUGGUAGAUGCAAAGUCGUGGUCAGUGGCGUCAUCAAUUUUGUUCCGCCCCAUUUCAUUUAACUUAAUGGACUGACCACUCCACAAAACCAUGGUCUUGCUCCCACCUUCCAAAUUCACUGCCAAAUUCCACCAUCACCGCUCGCUUCUACACAAUUCCUUGCUUACGUGGGGCUUUUCAUCUCUCAAUCGCCGUCCAUCGCCCUUUACCAGAACUAUCCCUUCAGCUUUUGGACUACAAGUUGGAACACUUAGGCCCAUCUCUUGUUCAUCAAACAUGAUCAAAGCGAUCAGAGUAAAUGAACUCGGAGGCCCUGAGGUUCUGAAAUGGGAGGAUGUGGAACUGGGGGAGCCAAAAGAAGGAGAAAUCAAGGUGAAAAAUAAGGCCAUUGGUCUGAACUUCAUUGAUGUUUAUUUCCGGAAAGGGGUUUACAAGGCCCCAACGAUGCCCUUCACACCAGGUAUGGAGGCCGUUGGUGUGGUAACUGCUGUAGGUCCUGGGCUUACUGGAAGAGUUGUUGGAGAUCUUGUUGCUUAUGCUGGUAAUCCAAUGGGUGCAUAUGCAGAAGAGCAAAUCCUUCCCGCUGAUAAAGUCGUCCCUGUGCCUCCUUCUAUAGAUCCUGUUGUAGCAGCAUCAAUUUUGCUCAAGGGGAUGACUGCUCAGUUUCUAGUUCGCCGAUGUUUCCAAGUUGAACCUGGGCAUACUGUCCUUGUUCAUGCUGCAGCUGGUGGAGUAGGGUCUCUGUUAUGCCAAUGGGCGUACGCCCUUGGUGCCACAGUUAUCGGAACUGUCUCAACUAAAGAGAAAGCAGCUCAAGCUAAGGAAGAUGGUUGCCAUCAUGCUUUAUUGUACGAGGAAGAUUUCGUUAGCCGCGUGAACGAGAUAACAUCUGGUAAAGGAGUUGAAGUCGUCUAUGAUUCUGUUGGAAAGGAUACAUUUGAGGGCUCAUUGGCGUGCUUGAAAGUCCGUGGGUACAUGGUGAGUUUCGGUCAGUCCUCUGGUGCUCCAGACCCAAUACCCUUAUCGGCACUAGCUGCAAAAUCUCUCUUCUUGACAAGGCCUUCUCUGAUGCAAUACACCGGAACGAGGGAUGAACUGCUGCGUGCUGCAUCAGAGGUUUUCACAAAUGCUGGCGCAGGUGUCUUAAGGGUUCGAGUGAAUCAUACUUACCCCUUGUCACAGGCCGCACAAGCCCAUUCAGAUCUUGAGAACAGAAAAACAUCUGGAUCCAUUGUGCUCAUACCAGAUGGGUGUUAGUGGCAGUAUUUCAGAAAUCUAAGAAACUAAUGAUGCUAUCGCUGCGUGUUCGAGGCUGCGUCAUAGUUGAACAAGGAGAAACUACAUCUGAAAAAAGUGUAUAAAAAAAACUUGAAAAAGUUUGAAUAUAAAUUUUUCAGGUGGAUUUCUUCAA